AUGUCGGAAGCCAUGCCUCUGCCAUACACAACUGUUACGAGCUGGCCCCCAGGCACGUAUCACAGUCCUCGAGGACCAACACAUCCUCAAUCCAUACUCCAGUAUGAACACCAGCUACAUCAUCCAGCAAGCUAUAACGGCAGCGCACCUGAAAACCGUCGCCCUUCACAGCUGCAGACCUCGCAACACCCGAGAACUAGCCAUGUCCACCAAUUAGCCGACAUGUCGAGCUCUAUUCCGCAACACCCAUAUCCUCCGCAGCCGCUUGGGGUACACCCCCACUAUUCUGUUAGCAACAUGGCCGGCUAUCACGAAAGAUUCGGCAGCAGACAAGGUCACCACUCGACUCACCCUUCGCAUUCAACACCAGGAGAGCAAAUGCCUUCAUUAGCAAAUGCUCAACCCGUAGCAACAAACGAUGUGCAGCCUACGCAUCGUACGGGGUAUCAAAUCACGGGGUAUCAAUUUGACCCAAGAGCUCCUCCGACUGCCAGUGGACCACAUGAUUUGGUCAGCCCUAUGAUGUCUCCUGCCGAACUACGACCGGAUCAUAUGAGAAUAUCGGAUCUUGUUGUCUCUGGCCGAAGUAACGCGGGAGCCAUGUACGGUAGCACACAACCACAUGGCAUAUCCUACAGUCUUAAAAUACGACAACAACCGGUCGCGGCUAGAUCGUGUGGCUUCGGCGAAAGGGACCGAAGAGUGAUUGAUCCGCCUCCAAUCGUUCAACUUAUCAUUGAGGGCCCAAAUCUUACCAAAGACGAGCUUUCCAAACAUCUUCGAUACCCCCAUUAUGUUAUGAGCUGCUCUAUCGUCGACGAGACAGGAGCCCAUGACGCAUCUUUCAUGCCUGAGGAGUAUCGGCAACAGCGCCGACUUAUGGGGUCGUUAGUCAACGCCCCUUUUGUUGGCAAGGAUGAGCACGGCGAAGAAGGAACUUUCUUCUGCUUUGCGGACUUAUCUUGCAGAACCCCAGGGUCGUUUCGACUCAAGUUCAGCAUGGCCAAAAUCGACCCUCUUCGCGGAAAGGAAGUGGGACGUUUUCCCAAUCUUGCUCAAGCCCAAACUGAAGUUUUCACGGUCUACACAGCAAAGGAUUUCCCGGGAAUGCAAGCAAGCACGAAACUGACCAAGCGGCUCAAAGAGCAAGGAUGCAUCAUUUCUAUUAAGAAAGGGAAUGAUCGAUCUAAGAAUGCUAGAAGCCACGACGAUUCAAGCGAGGGAGAUCAAGACGAUGGUGAGAUUGCAGCGCAAAGCAAGAGGCGGCGGCGCUCUACACGACAAUAG